UCCUUCUCCUUCCCGUCGCCGUCUCUCUCUCUCUCCACCCUUUUCCUCUCCUAUUUACCUCAUGAGUAGUAUUCUUUUUUGUAUUUAUUUAUUUAUUUAUAUCCGCCUCCUCAAUUUUUUGUUUCCUCUCUCUCGCUGCGCGUCUUCGUCUCCUCCUGCGGACUGCGGUGGCGGCCGCCGGCGAUCCCCGAUCGGCGACACUCAGAUUCGAAUUCUGUCCAUUGCGCUGCACGGUAGCAGUAGACAAUCUUGCUUCUCGGUGUUUUGCUUGUCUCUAGUUGAUCAUUCAGAUGCCCGUACAGCUCAGUUGUUCUAGCUAGCUUUAUAUAUAUUAUAUCUGGUCGAAGAGGGCCAGUCUAGCAACAAUGUCAUCACUUCAGUUAUUGCAACUAACAGAGCGCGGGCGCAACCUUUUGUCUUCAAGAAGGAGAACAAUCGCAAUUGUUUCUGGGGCAGUACUUGCUGGUGGAACUUUAGCAUAUGCCCAGUCAGGUCGAUGGAAAAAGCAUCAGGAAGUAAAUUCUUGCAGUGACGCAAACUCACAUAGCAGUAAUAACGGAAGAACUAGUCAGAAUGGAAUUGAUGGUAAAUUGGUUAAAACAAGGAAAAAGAAAAGUGGACUGAAGUCCUUACAUUUUCUGGCUGCUAUUUUACUUAAGAAGAUUGGCCCGAAUGGAACGAAUUACCUUAUUGGCUUGAUAUUAACAGCAGUCUUGCGUACAGCUGUUGGCCACAGAUUAGCAAAAGUACAAGGGUAUUUAUUCAGAUCUGCAUUCCUUCGGCGUAUUCCGACCUUUACACGUCUCAUUAUCGAAAAUCUUUUUCUAUGCUUUCUCCAAUCCACAUUAUAUCAGACGUCAAAAUACUUAACAGGAUCCUUAGGCUUGCACUUCAAGAAAAUCUUGACAGAUCUUGUCCAUGCUGAUUAUUUUGAGAACAUGGUGUACUACAAGAUCUCACAUGUUGAUCAUCGAAUCUCAAACCCAGAGCAAAGGAUUGCAAGUGACAUACCAAAGUUCUGCUCAGAAUUAAGUGACCUUGUACAAGAUGAUCUGGCUGCAAUUAUAGAAGGGUUAAUAUACAUCUGGCGCCUAUGCUCUUACGCAAGUCCAAAAUAUGUAUUAUGGAUUCUGGCAUAUGUCUUAGGUGCUGGUGGUACAAUUAGAAAAUUUUCUCCUGCUUUUGGCAAGCUGAAGUCUAUGGAACAACAGCUAGAGGGGGAAUAUCGCCAACUCCAUUCACGAUUGAGAACCCACGCUGAGAGUGUGGCGUUUUAUGGUGGUGAGAACAGAGAAGCAUCACAUAUUAAGCAGCGGUUCCGGGCACUUGUUAAACACUUGAAUGUUGUUCUUCAUGAAAACUGGUGGUUUGGCAUGAUUCAAGAUUUUCUUCUGAAGUAUCUUGGCGCCACUGUGGGAGUUAUCCUAAUUAUUGAACCUUUCUUUGCGGGGAAUCUUAAACCUGAAUCAUCCACCUUAGGACGGGCAGAGAUGUUGAGCAAUCUUCGCUACCACACCAGCGUGAUAAUAUCACUAUUUCAAUCUCUUGGAACCCUUUCUAUUGGUUCAAGGCGCUUAAAUAUUCUCAGUGGUUAUGCUAAUCGUAUUCAUGAAUUACUGGAUGUCUCGCGUGAGCUAUCUGGUGGUCGUGAUAGAUUGAUUACUCAAAAUUCCUCUGAUGGAAAUUAUAUCAGUGAGGCAAAUUAUAUAGAGUUUUCAGGUGUUAAGGUGGUGACACCUUCUGGGAAUGUCUUGGUUGAUAAUUUGAACCUUCAUUUGGAGUCAGGCUCUAAUCUGUUGAUCACUGGUCCCAAUGGUAGUGGAAAAAGCUCCCUUUUCCGUGUUCUUGGUGGUCUGUGGCCGAUGGUAUCUGGUCAUAUUGUCAAACCUGGUGUUGGUUCCAAUCUCAACAAGGAAAUAUUUUAUGUGCCCCAGAGACCAUAUACAGCUGUCGGAACACUUCGCGACCAGUUAAUCUAUCCACUCACAGCAGACCAAGAGACUGAACCACUCAGCUAUGGUGGCAUGGUGGAUCUUCUAAAGAAUGUUGAUCUGGAAUACUUGCUAGAACGCUAUCCUCUUGAUAAGGAAGUUAACUGGGGUGACGAAUUGUCUCUUGGUGAGCAGCAAAGAUUAGGAAUGGCUAGACUGUUCUAUCAUAAGCCAAAGUUUGCUAUCCUGGAUGAAUGCACUAGUGCUGUGACAACUGAUAUGGAAGAGCGCUUCUGCAAAAGGGUUCGAGCAAUGGGCACAUCAUGCAUAACAAUAUCUCACCGUCCAGCAUUAGUUGCAUUUCAUGAAAUAGUUUUAUCCUUAGAUGGUGAAGGAGGGUGGAAUAUUCAGGACAACAGAAAUGGUUCUUCCUUCUCUCCUGAACUUGAGUUUGAUGUGCUCGAGUCAUCAGAAAGUGAUCGCAAGUCUGAUGCACUUACUGUUCAAAGGGCUUUCAUCACCAGCACAAAGGGCAAUUCAUCAAUGAAGCCCAAGAAGCUGUCCUAUUCAACAGAGGUCAUAGCAUCUUCGCCCAUUGUGGAGAUAGAACAUACAGUACAAUCAUCUAUUGUCACACAAUUGCAAUGCUCUCCAAGACCUUUGCCUGUCAGAGUUGCUGCAAUGUCUCAAAUACUGGUUCCAAAGCUAUUUGAUAAACAAGGAGGGCAGCUGCUUGCAGUGGCGCUACUUGUAUUCUCCCGCACUUGGAUUUCAGAUCGUAUAGCUUCAUUGAAUGGAACAAGUGUUAAGUAUGUCUUGGAGCAGGACAAAGCUGCCUUCAUUCGUUUGGCUGGCAUCAGUGUGCUGCAAAGUGCAGCUAAUUCCAUCGUGUCACCCUCACUGAGGAAUCUUACUUCAAGAAUUGCCCUUGGAUGGCGGAUUCGCAUGACCAAUCAUCUGCUUCAAUAUUAUUUGAAAAGAAACGCUUUUUACAAGGUAUUCAACAUUUCAGGUAUGAGUAUGGAUGCAGACCAAAGAAUGACACAUGAUGUAGAGAAGUUGACCAAUGAUCUUGCUGGCUUGCUCACUGGUAUGGUGAAGCCACUAGUUGAUAUUAUUUGGUUUACAUGGAGAAUGAAGCUUUUGUCUGGGCGAAGAGGGGUUGCUAUACUGUAUGCUUACAUGUUCCUAGGUCUUGGUUUUCUAAGAGCUGUGUCCCCUGACUUUGGUGAUCUUGCAAACAAAGAACAAGAACUUGAAGGCACGUUCAGGUUCAUGCACUCAAGAUUGCGGACACAUGCUGAGUCAAUAGCUUUCUUUGGUGGUGGAUCAAGGGAGAAAGCUAUGAUUGACGCUAAAUUCACGACAUUGCUCAACCACUCGAAGGUUCUAUUGAGAAAAAAAUGGCUUUAUGGUAUUUUUGAUGAUUUUGUGACGAAACAGCUUCCUCAUAAUGUGACAUGGGGGCUGAGUAUGCUAUAUGCUUUGGAGCACAAGGGAGACCGAGCUUUGACUUCAACUCAAGGGGAGCUGGCACAUGCUCUGAGGUUCUUGGCAUCUGUGGUGUCACAAAGCUUCAUAGCGUUUGGUGAUAUUCUUGAGUUACACAAGAAGUUCCUUGAACUCUCUGGUGGUAUUAACAGAAUAUUUGAGCUUGAGGAGCUUCUACAGGCAUCACAAAGCAAUCCUGUCGUGCCUUCUGAUGCUAUAAAUGCCACUUCUGAAGAAAUAAUUUCCUUCCGUGGCGUGGAUAUUGUAACACCAUCACAGAAACUAUUGGCUAGCCAAUUGUCUUGUGAUGUAUCUCAAGGGAAAAGCCUUCUUGUGACUGGUCCAAAUGGUAGCGGCAAGAGUUCUAUUUUUAGGGUGCUCCGAGGUUUGUGGCCCAUUGCUUCUGGUAGACUUACCAAGCCAUCUGAAGGAAUUUUUAAUGUUCCUCAACGCCCAUAUACUUGUCUUGGAACCUUGAGGGAUCAAGUUAUAUACCCUCUCUCUCAUGAGGAGGCAAAGUUGAAGAUGCUCUCAUAUGAAACAAGUGACAAGUCUACCGCUUCCAAGAUGUUGGAUGAUCACCUGAAGACGAUUCUAGAGAAUGUCCGCUUGGUGUAUCUUCUAGAAAGAGAAGGCUGGGAUGCUACUCCUAACUGGGAAGAUAUUCUGUCCUUGGGAGAACAGCAGAGGCUGGGGAUGGCUCGUCUGUUCUUUCACUGUCCUAAAUAUGGCAUCCUCGACGAAUGCACUAAUGCCACAAGUGUGGACGUUGAAGAGCAUUUAUACAGGCUAGCAACCAACAUGGGCAUAACAGUUAUCACAUCCUCACAAAGGCCUGCUCUGAUUCCCUUCCAUUCCUUGGAACUGAAACUCAUUGAUGGCGAAGGAAAGUGGGAGCUUUGUCUAGCGCUGCUGCGAGAGCAGGACGAGCAGGCCCUGUGGGCCGACGAGGAUCUCGCUGAGGAAGCUGACGAGUCCAAACCAGACGACGGGCGUGACGUCGACGCCGCCGAGCGGCGGGAUGAGCCUGCGGGUGACGGCGAGGAACGGCUCCGUGGGAUGAAGAGGAAGCCGAACGCCGACAGCACCGGCCCCGCCACGCCCGCCACCGCCUUCGCCGUCGCCGGGUCCAGGUCACCCAGCACCGCCACCGCGCGGUACAGGGUGUCCACCAGCGACGGUCCCGAUUCCACCACCCCGGCGGCUGAAUCGAUCAGGGAAGAUGGACGUGGGCAUGGAUCAAAGGAAGCAAGUGACCUUGGUGGUGGCCGCGACGGCGAGGCACCUCCAUCUCCUAGCGGGUCGUCUGGCGGAGAAGAUGGAAGAGACGGUCCUGGGCAUGGAAGGCUUGGGAGCUACGAGCAAGGACGCCUCCAUCUCCAUGAGAGGCAAUGGUGGAAGCAGCAGCUGCAGCUCCUGCCACUGCCUCUGCUUGGCCUUCUUGUGUUCGAAGUAAAACCCAAAGCCAACCCUACGGCCCAACAAUCCAAACACCAAACACCUUCGCCUUCCCGUCCCUUCCCCCGAGUCGCCACCGGACUUACACCGCCGUCGCCUCCGAUGCUCUCCAGGAUGCUGCCGCGGCUGCGCUCCUCCGCCCGAGUGUGCGGACAGGAACCCGCGGCGGCGGCGCGACGGCUCUCCGCAGCUGAAGCCUUCGCUGAGUGUGAGGGCUCACUCCUGCGCCCUCUUCCCGGGCUGGACCUCCCGCCGUGCCUCCCCGACAACCUGAGCCGCAGUCCCACCCGGGUCACCACGCUCCCCAACGGCCUCCGCAUCGCCUCCGAGGACAUCCCGGGUCCUUCUGCGUGCAUCGGUUUCUUCGUCAACUCCGGCUCCGUCUACGAGUCCGGGGAGACCACCGGCGUCUCGCACAUGCUGGAGAGGAUGGCCUUCAAGGACACCAAGCACCGGAGCCACCUCAACAUCGUGCACGAGCUCGAGCUUGCUGGGGGCAACGUCGGCGCCUCAGCCUCCAGGGAGCAGAUGGUCUACAGCUAUGAUACGCUCAAGGGAUACAUGCCGGAGGCUCUCGAGAUCCUCAUUGACUGCAUGCGCAACCCGCUCUUCCUCCAGGAAGAAGUCGAACGGCAGCUGGUCCUUGCUCGAGAAGAAGUCCAGGAGCUGCAGAAGAACCCUGAGAGGUUUCUUCAUGAACAGCUUAACCUUGUUGGAUUUUCGGGUGCUCUUGCAAAUCCGCUAAUAGCUCCUGAGGAUGCCCUUGCGAGAAUUAAUGACAAAAUUAUUCAAAAAUUCUAUAGUGAAAAUUUUACUGCUGAUCGUGUGGUUCUAGCAGCAUCAGGUGUUGAUCACGAACACUUGCUAGGCUAUGCAGAUCUUUUGUUGAAAGAUUGGCACAAGGGGACCCCAAUAGAAAAGCCAAAGUCUACAUAUGUUGGUGGAGAUUCCAGACACAAAGCAGAUUCAGAUAUGACACAUGUUGCAUUAGCUUUUGAAGUGCCAGGGGGCUGGCUCCAAGAGAGAGACGCUACAAUUAUGACUGUCAUACAGACUUUAAUGGGUGGUGGUGGUUCAUUCUCCUCUGGUGGUCCUGGAAAAGGGAUGCAUUCACGGCUUUAUCUACGUGUCCUAAAUAAAUAUCACUCUGUUGAGUCUUUUUCUGCAUUUAGUAAUGUAUAUGACAGCAGUGGCCUCUUUGGUAUCUACUUAACCACGCCAUCAGAUUUUGUGGCAAAGGCUGUUGAUAUCGCAAUAAGUGAAUUAGUUGCUGUUGCAACUCCUGGAGAAGUGACAGAGGUUGAACUGCAACGAGCGAAAAACUCAACGAUUUCAUCUGUAUUAAUGAAUCUUGAAUCUAGGGUAGUUGUUGCAGAAGAUAUUGGAAGGCAGAUGUUAUCUUAUGGUUGCAGGAAGCCUAUUGACUACUUCCUUCAAUGUAUGGAAGAAAUUACUCUAGAUGAUGUUGCAACAUUUGCUAGGAAGAUGCUAGCUUCGCAACCCACAAUGGUUAGCUGGGGAAAUGUUGACAAAGUUCCUCCAUAUGAAUUUAUUUGCAAGCGGCUACAAUAGUACCCCUACACAAAUGACCUCAGGUGGACUUGAAGGAUCCUUUUGUGGAAAACUAAACAAUCACUUGUAUGAAGUGCCCUAGCUCAGAGACUGCUUUUCUUCUGGACAUGUAAUUUAGUGAGCUUAGGAUUUCAGCAUCUACAUUCAAUUGUAACUGUUCAAACAGCACAUAGUAAAUGAGAGAGGCUGACGAAAGGGGAAAAAAUGGAAGUUCCUUUGCAAAAAUCAACCGUCCCUCCAUGGCUCAUUUGUGCUUUAUUGUCAUGUUUAA